CGGCUGCCUCUCCUCCCCUGCCGCCCGCCGCCGGCGACGGCGAGGGCAGGUGUUCGACGAAAUGUGCACGCGGGGGCCAUCCGCCAGGGACUGGUCUAAGAUGCCCCUGGACGCGCUCACCUCCGUCUUCGCCAAGCUCGGCGCCGUGGAGCUCCUCAUGGGCGCGGGCCUGGUGUGCCGCUCCUGGCUCUACGCCUCCAAGGCGCCAGAGCUGUGGCGGGCCGUGGUGAUGUCGCGCCCGCCCGACACUCCGGAGGGAACGGAGGCCUUCCUGCGCGCCAUAGCCAAGGUGUCGUCUGAGCUGUGGCCGGCCGUGCCGAUAACGGGCAUAGAUGACCCCUGGCGCGCCAUGGCCAAGGUGGAUGACUCCUUGUGUGCCAUGGCCAAGGCGGCUGUCGACCGCUCCGACGGGCGGCUACAGAAGUUUGUGGCGAGGGAUUUCGGGACCGAUGAGCUCCUGGAAUACAUAGCGGACAGGUCGCCCUCUCUGAAGAGCCUUGGCCUGAUGCAAUGCCACGACAUCUCCGAGAAAGGAUUCAUGGACUCGAUAGUAAAGUUCCCUCAGCUAGAAGAGCUAGUUCUUAUUGAGUGCCACAACAUUUCUGAUGAUCAGAAGGAGAACCGUGACGUGUAUGAGGCCAUUAGCAGAGCAUGCUCACAGUUAAAGCUCUUUGUGCUAGCCCACCCGGGGUACUUUCUGCAUCCGAACGGCAGCUACGGCUUCCAUGAUGGGGAUGUGCUUGGAAUCGCUACGAUGAAACAGCUGCGGCACCUUAGUCUUGACUGCGUCGACAUCAACAACGCGGAACUGGUGAGCAUCAUUGAUAGCUGUCCUUACCUCGAGCAUCUCUGCAUGCGCUACUGCUACAACAUCGUCGCCAAUGAGGCACUACGAGCAAAGUGCGCCAGGAUCAAGACUCUAAAGCUUCGACCCAUGUCUGAUGAAACUGCUGACCCGAACCAAGGCCGUCAUUCUGAUCCUAAUGAUUGUUGCUUUGUUUUUUUCGAUUCACCAAUUGAUGAGUUCGUCAUACUUUCUUUCUUGGACAGCUGGCGUAAAAUAUGCUAGCAUAUAUGUACUCCGGCCAUCUUUUUUCGAUUUAACUAGCUAGCCAUCUCCUGUUGGGGUUAGCAUUACUAAAACUUUUUAAUUAGUUGCCCAUUUACCUAAACAUGAUAAUGAUUUGAAUAGCAAUCUUAUCAUUCUAUACAAAGCUUGCGCAAUAUUAUUUUUCCUUUUGCCGAA